AUGGCUGAUUCCGUACAGUUCGUUGACGGGCUGUCAUAUCUCAUGGCCAACAGUUUCUACCACACAUCUCUGGAUUGCUCUAGCGUCCUCGUGAAUCUCAAUGGGCAUGUUAAAAUCGCACGGAUCGAUUGCUGUGUUAUCCGGCAACAGGGCGCAAUUCAAGCCAGUGACUUGGCACCAGUCUCCAGAAUCAUGAUGGAAUUGAUGCAGAAGUAUGUCAAAGAAGAUGGGGCAGUAGGAAUUGAUAAUCUCGACCGCUUGAGAAGCUGCCCGGCUGCGAUCGAAUUUCUCUGCGCAACGACCUCGGCAAGCACUUUUCAGGAACUGAAAGAACAACGACUGUUGACGCAAAUUCCAUGCCGCCCAGGGAAUCUCAUCGGACUUGCAUGGUUCGCGUUGAUCUCCGCUCGCGCAUUCUACUCAUACACGCCAGGGCCCAUGAAGAACGAUUAA